GAUUCCUGAACCUGGUGAACCGGGUAAGCCAGGAGAGAAGGGAGAGAAAGGAGAUCAAGGAAAACCAGGCGAGAUGGGUCAAAGAGGACUUCCUGGAGAGCAGGGAUUCAGAGGGCAACCAGGACCUGCGGGCCCUAAGGGGGAUGCUGGUGAAAAAGGAGAGGCAGGGAGAAACGGAGACCCAGGUCCACCCGGAUUGAUGGGCCCUCAGGGGCCCCGAGGGCUGCCAGGCAAUGUGGGUAUUCCAGGCAGCAUUGGUCCACCUGGGAUCGCUGGACAGAGAGGAGAGAAGGGAGAUGCUGGUAAAGAUGGUCCCUCUGGACCCCCUGGUCCAACCGGUGAGCCUGGUUUAAGAGGAGAAAUCGGUUUGCCAGGAAAAGGCAAAGAGGGACCAAAGGGUGAUUCUGGAGCUCCAGGUGCACCCGGACCCCCCGGACUGAAGGGUUUGCCUGGUCUGCAAGGAAUGCUAGGGAUGCCAGGAAACAGAGGACCACCGGGAGAAGGAACCACUGGACCCGAGGGACCUCCCGGACCUGCAGGGCCACCAGGACCAGCGGGUUUGAGAGGACCUUCAGGAGUGAGCGGACCACAGGGACCUGCUGGACACAAUGGUUUACCAGGAAGACCUGGAGAGAAUGGCACCCCUGGAGAACCAGGAAAACCUGCAGACAUUUCUGAUCUGAACCUGAAGGACAUUUGUUCAGAUUGCCCCCCUGGACCAGCUGGACAACCGGGUAUGCCAGGACCUCCAGGUGAAAACGGUCAUAUUGGACCACCUGGGAAAAAUGGACAAGAUGGAUAUGCGGGUUCUCCAGGACCAACAGGGCCUGCAGGACCACCUGGUGCUGAUGGAGCCAAGGGGGUCAAAGGUGACAGAGGUCCUCCAGGAGCACCUGGAGAUAAAGGUGAAAAGGGCCCCCCAGGACCUCCUGGUUAUCCAGGGGCAGCGGGAGCUAUGGGUCAACCUGGUAAUGAUGGAAACCCUGGACCUAUUGGACCACCUGGAGCUCCUGGAGAAAAGGGAAAAGAAGGACUUCAGGGAAUUCAGGGACCACCAGGUCUGCCAGGUCUAAUGGGCAUGAUGGGUAAACCUGGAAAGGAAGGAAGACCAGGAGAAACAGGAGAGCCGGGUAAACAGGGAGAGCCAGGACCACCAGGAAGAGACGGGCUCAGAGGAAUGCCUGGUUUCAAAGGUCAUAGAGGGGAACCAGGACCACCAGGGUCAAAGGGUGAAGAUGGAAAACAGGGUGUUCCUGGACGUGAGGGUCCACCAGGGAAAGACGGUAACACCGGACCACCGGGGCCAGAGGGCAUGAGGGGACCACGAGGAGAAACCGGUCGGCAUGGAGAACCAGGACCAGCAGGCAAGCCUGGAUCUCAGGGAAAUCAUGGUCAGCCAGGACACAAAGGUGAAGCAGGGAGUCCAGGAUUACCCGGCUUCCUAGGUCCAAAAGGGCCAUCGGGUCCGCCUGGUCCGAUUGGCCCAGAGGGCAAACAAGGUAUGUCAGGAAAACCAGGAGACAGAGGACAAAAGGGAGAAAAGGGUGAUAAUGGAAUAAAAGGAGACAAAGGACCCGUUGGAGAUCCAGGCAUUCCGGGUAACCCUGGGUCCCCCGGCAGGAAGGGUCACACAGGAAUGAUGGGCAUGUCAGGAACCCCAGGGGAAGUGGGUCCCGCUGGGCCCCCUGGUUCUCCAGGACAGUCGGGUCUUCCAGGUCUCAGAGUGAGUCCUCUUUUAGUAUUUUUAAUGGAAAGUAUGCCGGGAUAUGGAAAAGACGGCCUUCCUGGAUCCGCAGGCGCUCAGGGAGAGCCUGGUAAUCCUGGUCCUCACGGUCAGCCCGGACCUCCUGGACCGCUAGGGCAGUGUGACCCCUCACAAUGUGCUUACUAUGCCAGUCUGGCAUCAAGACCUCAUACCAAAAACGUCAAGGGGACUUAA